AUGGCCUUCGCGGAGCCGUGCCGGCUAUGCUUGGCCGCCGCCGUGCCCGGUCCCGCUUGUAGGGGAAGGGAGGGAGGGUGUGGCCCCGCCACUGCGCCCGGCCUUCACGGCCCUCGUGGAGCCGCGCCGGUCGCGCUUGGCCGCCGCCGUACCUCGCCCCCACUUGUAGGGAACAAUGAGGAGCACCGCCGGUGCAUCGCCGCGUGCCUUGUGAAAGCAACAUCCAUUAUGGAGGAGCACCGCAGGGCGAAUGACAUGGGGUUGGCGCCGCCGUGGUGGCAGAGCUUCCACUUCGACCUACAGGAUCUGCUCAAGUGCUGCACCGAGAACGCAGAGGAGUUCAUCUAUGGCGCCGUCUUCAAGUCCAGGCAUCCCGUGUAUCACCAGCCAUCGGCCCCAAACUACAUCUUCGCGUUCCGGGGUACCAUGCCAAGGCCGGCCAAGUCGAUCCAGGACCUGUACAACGACAUCAAGGUCAUGCUCAGUGAACUGCCGUGCUGCAAGAGGACUGAGAAGGCACGGCAGGCUGUGAUCAACAUGCUCCUCCCCAUGGCCAAGGGCAACGUGCAGGUGUGGCUGGCGGGGCACUCGCUCGGCGCGUUGCUGGCGCUGGAGGUGGGAAAGGCCAUGGCGGAGCACCAUGGGAUUUACCUUCAGACCUUCCUCUUCAACCCGCCGAUUGUAUCACCGAUGCCGGCCUUCAACCUCCUCCAUGCGACGGAGGCAGCAAAGAGGGACGUGUUCACGUGGAGCUAUCGCUUCAAGGCGGCCCUUGGGGCCACGGUCAUGAGGAAGCACAGUGACCGCAUGGAGAGGUUGUUCCAGUGCCUGUCGUCGUGGGUGCCCGAGCUGUACGUGAACGACAGGGACUUCAUCGACUACUUCGAGCAGCGGCACAUGGUCGAGGAGCGCAUCGGCAGGGAGGCCAUGAAGCUGUCCUACCGCGACAUGCUCUUCCGCCUGAUCGGCAGUGACAAGGAGCAGCCACACCUUCUGCCGUCCGUAAGGAUGUGGAAGACCUCUACCACAUUAUUCGACGCGCACGGCCUCAUGCAGUGGUGGAAGCCGGACAGCGAGCUGAUGCUCAGCUCUAGGAAAUUCACCUAUCCUGAAGCAUGA